GCUCUACACGUAGCCCACUCCCUUGGGAAGCAAGGGGCUGGCUGCUAAGGCUUGGCCCUGGGGGGCAGUCGCCCAAGGGACUGGAGAGAGGAGGAGAGGCGGGCAUCGGGGCGCUGGAGCAAGGAAGGUGCAGGCUUUGGGAGGCAGAGGGGGGAUUAUCAACUACACCUUGUCCCAGCUUGGCUCCUCAACCUCUCUAAGGCUUUAUUUCCCUCUUCUGUAAAAUGGGACGUUACACCACCAUCUGCCUGUUUUGUACUGUCAGGCCUGUUGGUCAGGUGCAACUGUUAGAUUCUUUGGUAGUCAUCACAGUGGCCUAUACUCAGAAGUUGGCUAGGAUUAGUUCUUCCCCCAUAUCCUCACUACCAUGUUAUAAAGGAAAAAGUUUCAGAUCAAAUUCUGCCACACACCGAGACGUUUGUUAGCAAGCAGACACACUCUCACACAAACAUGCAGACACUCAUCAAACAACCUGUCUAUGGGCUCCACGAAGUACAAGUUCCUCCUCAUUGUAGAUAUUCUGAACACAUCCAAUAUGAAAGGUUCAUUCUAGUUUAGAGGCAAGAUGGCAGCAGGCAGCCAGAAUACUAUGAUCUCACACAUGGAAACAUGGCCGUUUAGGGAUUAAGUCUAGAGUGUCAUCCCUAAUGGAAUCCCUGCGUGUUGCAAGAUGCUUGGCUGCUAACUGAAAGGUUGGAAGUUCGAGUCUACCCAGAAGUGUGUGGAAGAAAGGCCUGUUGAUCUAUUUCUGAAAAAUCAGCCAUUGAAAACCCUAUAGAGCUCAGUUCUGCUUUGACACACAUGGGAUCACUAUGACUUGGAAUCCACUCAUUGACAGCUGGUUUGUCGUUGCUAAUGAUAUGGGCUCAAAAGCUUACUAGAUCCUCCAUGUGAGAAUAGAGUGUCUCUAAAAUACGUUGAGAGAAAAGAUUGAAGUUGCCAAGGGUUUCAUUUUACUUGGGUCCACAAUCAAUGCUGAUGGAAGCAGCAGUCGAGAAGUCAAAAGAUGCAUUGCAUUGGGCAAAUCUGCUGCAAAAGAUCUCUUUAAAGUGUCAAAAAGCAAAGAUGUUACCUUGAAGACUAAGGUGUGCCUGACCCAAGCCAUGGUGUUUUUGAUAGCCUCGUGUGCAUGUGAAAGCUGGACAGUGAAUAAGGAAGACUAAAGAAGAAUUGAUGCCUUUGAAUUGUGAUUUUGGUGAAAAAUGUUGAAUGUACCAUGGACCCAAAGAACGAACAAAUCUGUCUUGGAAGAAGUACAACUGGAAUGCUUCUUAGAAACAAGGAUGUCUCAUAUACUUUGGACAUGUUAUCCAGAGGGAUCACUGGAGAAGGACAUCAUGCUUGGUAAAGUAGAGAGUCCAUGAAAAAGGAAGACCCUCAAUGAGAUGGAUUGACACAGUGGCUACAACAGUGGGCUCAAGCAUAACAACUGUGAGGAUGGCACAGGACCAGGCAGUGUUUUGUUCUGUUGUACAUAGGGCUGCUAUGAGUUGGAACCGACUCAUCAGCACCUAAAAACAACCUAAAAUACUUUAGCCAAUUCCCAGAGUUUGAAUACCAGUAAUCUCACAACCAUUGCCUGUUUUUAACACCUAUUAUGCUGAUGAAUGAGUUACUAAUUCUACCAAUGAAAAACGUUUUAAUAUUCAUUAUGCUAAUUAGCACAGCCUUUGGCAUUGAUUAGGAGCCCUCAUGGCACGGUGGUUAAAGCAGUUGCCUGCUAACCGAAAGGUCUGCCUUCAAAACCAGAAGGUCCACAGGAGAAAGAUGUGGCAGUCUGCUUCCGUGAAGAUUGCAGCCUUGGAAACUCUGUGGGGCAGUUCUACUCUGUCUUGUAGGGUCGCUAUGCGUCGGAAUCAACUUAAUCAGCGGUGGGUUUGGUUUGGGUUUGGUUUUGGCAUUGACUGGAGAUAAAAAUAAACUGAAGCGCUUCACUGGCUGCCUCUUUAAGUGUGGACUUCCAGGGUAGCUUGAGAAGUAGUAACUACCCCUUUGGGAUGUGAGUUCUUGAUAGGGAUUACCGAUGGCACCUAGUAUAACAAACUCAUACGUACAUACGUAUUACAGGUGUUUUAAAACAAACUACAGUUAUCAAAACAUUUCCCUUCAUCACAGGGUCGGUGUGAAGAUCAGAUGUCUUGUUGAUGGAAUCACUCGCUUUAACUCUACCACCAGUUGCCACAGAGUUGACUGUGACUCACGGUGACUCCAUGUGUGUCAGAGUUGAGCUGCGCUCCAUGGAGUUUUCAAAGGCUGGUUUUUUGGAAGUAUAUCCCCAGGACUUUCUUUAAAGGCACCUCUGGAUCACAUGAAAGGAUUAAGAGCCCCUACCUUGAAAAGAAGAUUGGACUGCAGGAGAUUGGCUCCAGGACCUCUGCGGAUACCAAAAUCUGGGGAUGCUCAAGUGACUUAUAUAAAAUGCUUGAAGGUGUUCUUAUACUGUUCUCCUGUUACUAAGGAGUUAUUGUUAACUAGCCCGAAAUACAGAUUUUGGGAGAAAAGAAUUAUAGCUAUUGAAGUUGAAACUCCUACCCAAAUAUCUUUAAUUGAUGAAGCAUCAGGAGAGAAGGAAGAGAUUGUUGUGACUCUAUUACCAGCUGGUCAUUGCCCAGGAUCAGUUAUGUUUUUAUUUCAGGGCAAUAAUGGAACUGUCUUGUACACAGGAGAUUUCAGACUGGCUAAAGGAGAAGCUGCUAGAAUGGAGCUUCUACACUCUGGGGGCAGGGUAAAAGAUAUUCAAAGUGUAUAUUUAGAUACUACUUUCUGUGAUCCAAGGUUUUAUCAAAUUCCAAGUCGGGAGGAGUGUUUAAGUGGAAUCUUAGAGCUGGUUGGAGGCUGGAUCAAUCGGAGUCCCUACCAUGUUGUGUGGCUGAACUGCAAAGCAGCUUAUGGAUAUGAAUAUUUAUUCACCAACCUUAGUGAACAAUUUGGAGUCCAGGUUCAUGUAGAUAAACUGGACAUGUUUAGAAACAUGCCUGACAUUCUCCAUCAUCUCACGACAGAUCGAGGUACUCAGAUCCAUGCCUGUCGCCAUCCAAAGGCAGAAGAAUAUUUUCAGGGGAACAAAUUACCUUGUGGAAUGACUUCCAGAAAUAGAAUUCCACUGCACACAAUCAGCAUUAAGCCAUCCACUAUGUGGUUUGGAGAAAGAACAAGAAAAACAAAUGUGAUUGUGAGGACCGGAGAGAGUUCCUACAGAGCCUGUUUUUCUUUCCAUUCUUCCUACAGUGAGAUUAAAGAUUUCUUGAGCUACAUCUGUCCUGUGAACGCAUAUGCAAAUGUCAUUCCAGUAGGCACAACUGUGGAUAAAGUUACAGAGAUCUUAAAGCCUUUAUGCCGAUCUUCUCAAAGCACUGAGCCAAAAUAUAAACCACUUGGAAAAUUGAAGAGAGCUAGGACAGCCCACCUAGACUCAGAGGAGGAGGAUGAUGACCUCUUUGAUGACCCUCCACCAGUACCUUUAAGGCACAAGGUUCCAAGCCAGCAAGCUCUUCACCCUGAGGUCUUUUCAAUGACCGCGGUAUCACAAAAUCAUGAGGUCUUUUCAAUGACUGCAAUAUCACAAAAUCAGCCUGAAAACCCGAGACAAAGUACAGGAUGCUACAAAGAAGAGAAUAUGCAAACCCCUAUUUUGGCAAACUUUGUAGAUUGUCAAGAAUCCAACAGUGAAAGUGAAGAUGAAUUAGGCAUCUCAGCUCCAUUGCAAGGACACACGGAUCCUGUAACACUUCGCCAGCAGAAGACUGAUGUGGAUGUACCACAGUGGGAAGUAUUCUUUAAAAGAAAUGAUGAAAUCACAGAUGAUGGUUUGGAAAACUUCCAUUCUUCCACAGAGGCAGGGGCUUCUCAGUCACCAAAGCUUUUCAGUGACUCUGAUGGGGAAUCAACCCACAUCUCUUCCCAAAAUUCUUCUCAGUCAACACACAUAUCAGAACAAGGCAGUCAAGGCUGGGACAGCCAAGCUGACACAGUGUUGUUAACUUCCCAAGAGAGAAACUGUAAUGAUACUACUUCCUUAAACAAAGGAGGCUUCAGACCAAGAAUCAAAGGGAAUAUUGCUGCCUCUCAGCUGGAACAAAAUGUACUUUGCCCAAAGGAUACUUACUCUGAUUCUAAAAGCAGGGCUCAAGAUGUAAAUAUAGUUCCUGGUAUUGGAGAACCAACUACUCUAAGUAGUGGGAAAAACACACCUGAGGAAAAAUGGUUGCAAAAUCCUAGCACAAAGGCAGAUUCUCAGAGCUCCUCUGAUUUUGAAAUUCCCUCAACUCCAGAUGCUGAGCUACCUAAACAAGAACACUUACAGUUUUUAUAUGAGAAGCUGGCUACAGGUGAGAAUGUCAUAGCUGGAAGGAAAAAAAAAGCCCACUCUUAGAUAUUUAAGAAUCAAAGUUACUUCAUUCUAGAGGAACUACUAAAAAACCUAUUCUGAGAAAUAAUAGUCAAGAUCACAGUAAAUAGAAUAGUAAAAAGCAUUCAGGUAACUAAAAGAAGGCAGAAAAGGGGAAACAGGAACAAAAAACAGAGGAAACAAAAAUGGUAGAACUGAAUCCAAACCUAUCAAUUACAUUAAAUGAAAAUGGUCUCUAAACACACCAAUGAGAAGAUGUUGUCAAUGAAGAAAACCAAAGACACAGGGAAAAUAUUAGUCCAAAGGACAAAUGGACCACAUGAACCAUAGCCUCUACCAGCCUGAGCCCAGAACUACACGGUGCCCAGCUACCACCACUGAUUGCUCUGACAGAGAUCACAAUAUAGGGUCCCAGACAGAGCAGGAGAAAAAUGUAGAACAAAACUCAAAUUCACACACAAAAAAAAAAGACCAGGCUUAACUGGUCUGACAGAGACUGAAGGAACCCCAAAGACUACAGCCCCAGAUACCCUGCUAACUCAGAACUGAGGCCACUCCCAGUCCAAAUCAUUUCAGCCAAGGAUUACAGACAGCCCUAUAAAACAACACACAUGAGGAACAUGCUUCUUAGUUCAAUCAAGUAUAUGAGACCAAAUGGACAACAACACCUAACCAAAAACACAGAUGAGAAGGCAGGAAGGGACAGGAAAACUGAAAGAAUGGACACAGCCAACCCGGGGUAGAAAGGGAAGAGUGCUGACACAUUGCGGGGGUCACAAUCAAUGUUACAAAAAAAUCUAUAUAUAUGUUUUUGAAUGAGAAACUAAUUUAUUCCAUAAACUUUCACCUAAAGCACAAUAAAAUUAAAAAAAAGAUCAUCAGAAUGAAAUAAAAAAAAAAAUACCCCAACUAUAUGCUGUCUGUAAGAAA